AACAGCCACGAAAACAAAGUGAUUGCAUCGCAACUAGAGCCUGUUGCCUGCAGAAGGCGUGUGUGAGCAGAAGCCGGGGGAGGAGGGGUGUCCGGGGUGCGCUCACACCCCACUGAGACGUUCUGCAAGGCAGACAGGAGCUGGCGGAGGCAUCCUCAAGGUGGUCUAUGUUAGUUCUGUCGGCAUGGACGCCACCCAGUCUGGCCGCUCCAGCUGACAGCAUCCACUGGGGGGAAAUGCCACGUGACAGGGAAACACUGACUUAUGUUUACAGUUCCCUUGACUCUCACCCGAUUGACACAACGGUGAACGGAGACCAAGAAUAGUUGAAUCGCUGCCCCGGGUUAGUUAGCAAAGGGCAGCAGUGGGAGACCAACUCUGAACUCUCUAUGCCCAGGCCCCUAGCUCCACACCAGGGGGUGGAAGCACUGGCAGCAGGUAGCGGACCUGGGCAGGCUCCGAAUCCUGUGAUCCGCAUUCCAGGCCUCCCGAUAGCCCCUUCCCAGGAGUGGUUCAAAACGCGGAGCGGCGGAACCUGCGGAACGGGAUGCUAAGCGCGGCCUCUGGCGCGAGCAUGCGCAGUAGCCCGAGCCGGCCUCGCCGCGCUCGGCGCUGGGGGCGGGUCCUCCGAGGCUGACGUCCGCCACGCCGGCGUCAGCCACCCGGGAGGAGGAGGGCGAAGACUCCAGCCGCCAUGUUGGAUGCCGCAGAUUCGCCAUAACCUCGCCGGCUCUUUCCUUAAAAAAAUAAAAAUAAAAAGCGAAGCAUCAGCGGGGCGCCCCGCUUGGUCGGUGGGCACGGGAGGGGACCUGGAAGAGCCCCAGGCUUUUUUUUCCUCCGCGGUGGGGGCGUUGCCAUGGAGACGCGAGCGGCAGAAAACCCGGCCAUCUUCAUGUGUAAAUGCUGUAACCUUUUCUCACCAAGUCAGUCGGAGCUCCUCUCCCACGUGUCUGAGAAGCACGCAGAAGAAGGGGUUAAUGUUGAUGAGAUCAUCAUUCCCCUGAGGCCUCUGAGUAUACCCGAACCUGCCCCCCCAAACAAAGCUGGAGAUGAGCUGUCCGUCACGAAGAGGAAGAGGGGCAGGCCCAAGGGGUCCACCAAGAAGCCCAGCGCGGAGGAGGAGCCGGUGGGGGGCGUCGUGGGUCCGAGCGAGGCCCCUCCGCGGGCCCCGGAGGAGGGCAGCAGCCUGGCCCCCAGCUGCCUGGAGUGCCCCAAGUGCUCGCGCAAGUUCUCCAACCUGCGCCAGCUGAGGAAGCACAUCUGCAUCAUCGUGCUGAGCCUGGGCGAGGCCGAGGGCGACGCAGGUAACGAAUCUGACCUUGAACUGGAAAAGAAGUUUAAGGAAGAAGAUCGAGAAAAGGCCCCGAGGCGACCGCGGACGCAGAGGAUGGAGAGGGUCCAGAAGGUCUCUUUGGGAAAGGAGGCCGCGCAGGGGCCCGGAGCCAAGAAGCCCAUCGUCAGCGUGGUGUUAACCGCACACGAAGCCAUCCCAGGUGCCACCAAGAUUAUUCCAGUGGAGGCGGGGCCCCCAGAAACAGGAGCCACAAGCCCCGAGGCCACCUCCGCGGACCUGGCGCCUCGGAGAGGGUACCAGGAGUACGCCAUCCAGCAGACGCCGUACGAGCAGCCCAUGAAGUCGAGCAGGCUCGGGCCCACGCAGCUCAAGAUCUUCACCUGCGAGUACUGCAACAAGGUCUUCAAGUUCAAGCACUCGCUGCAGGCCCACCUGCGCAUCCACACCAAUGAGAAACCCUACACCUGCGCGCACUGCAGCUACGCCAGCGCCAUCAAGGCCAACCUCAACGUGCACCUGCGCAAGCACACGGGCGAGAAGUUCUCCUGCGACCUCUGCGCCUUCACCUGCCUGAGCAAGGGCCACCUCAAGGUGCACGUGGAGCGGGUGCACAAGAAGGUCAAGCAGCACUGCCGCUUCUGCAAGAAGAAGUACUCGGACGUCAAGAACCUCAUCAAGCACGUGCGCGACGCCCACGACCCGCAGGACCCGCAGGUGCGCGAGGCCCUGGACGGGCUCCGCCUGCUGACGCGCGAGGGCAAGCGGCAGCUGCUCUACGACUGCCACGUGUGCGAGCGCAAGUUCAAGAACGAGCUGGACCGCGACCGGCACAUGCUGGUGCACGGGGACCAGUGGCCCUUCGCCUGCGAGCUCUGCGGCCACGGCGCCACCAAGUACCAGGCGCUGGAGCUGCACGUGCGGAAGCACCCCUUCGUCUACGUGUGCGCCCUGUGCCUCCGGAAGUUCGUCAGCUCCAUCCGCCUGCGCGCCCACAUCCGGGAGGCGCACGGGGCCGCCCCCGAGGCCGCGGCCUUCACCAGCUCCAUCAACCAGAGCUUCUGCCUGCUGGAGCCCGGCGGGGACAUCCAGCCCGACGCGCUGGGCGGCCGGCUGCCGCUCGCCGAGGGGGGGCUUGCGCUCCCGGGGGCCAGUGCACCCCGGGAGGAGGCGGAGGCCCCGCUGCAGGAGCCUGCGCCGCCCGGGCACUCAGUGCCCACCCCCCAGGCCGGAGGCACUGCCCUGCCCCCCUGCGAGCCGGCAGCCGCGGGGGUCUCCUCGGGCCUCCCCUCGCCAGGGGCGGUGUCGGGUGAGUUGUUGUUGAAAAGCGGUACCUCCACUGCCGAGGCUGACCCUGCUCCCCGGAGGACCCCGCACCCCCAGCCCGAGGGCUCCGCCCAGUCUCAGGGCGCAGAAGUCACCCCCCUGCUGCCCACGGCCAGAAGCCCUGCCGCCAACCAGGACACCCAGGGCGCCGAGAGCCUCCCGUCCCACGGGCCGGAUCCCGACAGGUGUCUCGGGUCGGACCCAGCAGCGGCCGCGGACCCUCCUCCGGUCACUGGUGAGGAGGCCGGGGCCCUGCGCCCGCCUGACUUCUGCGGCCCCGGCCCCGAGCGCCCGGCGAACAUGAACGCCUUCCUGCGGAUCCUGGACGGCCUGGCCAAGAGGCGGAUGGACCCCGGCCUGUGCGAGAGGAUCCGGAAGGUGUACGGGGACCUGGAGUGUGAAUACUGCGGCAAACUUUUUUGGUACCAAGUGCACUUUGACAUGCAUGUCCGCACCCACACCCGGGAACAUCUGUAUUAUUGCUCCCAGUGUCAUUAUUCCUCCAUCACCAAAAACUGCCUUAAACGCCAUGUCAUUCAGAAACACAGUAACAUCCUGCUGAAGUGUCCCACUGAUGGCUGUGACUACUCGACUCCAGAUAAAUAUAAGCUGCAGGCCCACCUUAAAGUGCACACAGAGCUGGACAAAAGGAGUUAUUCUUGUCCUGUGUGUGAGAAGUCUUUUUCAGAAGAUCGGUUGAUAAAGUCGCACAUCAAGACGAACCACCCGGAGGUCUCCAUGAGCACCAUCUCCGAGGUGCUGGGCCGGAGGGUUCAGCUGAAGGGGCUGAUCGGCAAGAGGGCCAUGAAGUGCCCGUACUGCGACUUCUACUUCAUGAAGAACGGCUCCGACCUGCAGCGGCACAUUUGGGCUCACGAAGGCGUGAAGCCCUUCAAGUGCUCUCUGUGUGAGUACGCGACGCGCAGCAAGAGCAACCUCAAGGCGCACAUGAACCGCCACAGCACGGAGAAGACCCACCUCUGCGACAUGUGCGGCAAGAAGUUCAAGUCCAAGGGGACGCUGAAAAGCCACAAGCUCCUCCACACUGCGGACGGGAAGCAGUUCAAGUGCACGGUGUGUGACUACACGGCGGCCCAGAAGCCCCAGCUGCUGCGGCACAUGGAGCAGCACGCCUCCUUCAAGCCUUUCCGCUGCGCCCACUGCCAUUACUCCUGCAACAUCUCGGGCUCCCUGAAGAGGCACUACAACAGGAAGCACCCCAACGAGGAGUACGCCAACGUGGGCGCCGGGGAGCUGGCCGCAGACGCGCUCGUCCGGCAAGGCGGCCUGAAGUGCCCCGUGUGCAGCUUUGUCUACGGCACCCGCUGGGAGUUCAACAGGCACCUGAAGAGCAAGCACGGCCUGAAGCUGGUGGAGACGGAAGGGGAGCCCAAGUGGGAGCCAGCGACAGAGCCUCCCGAGGAGCCCGCCGCCCAGUACCUGCACAUCGCGGAGGCCGAAGAGGACGUCCAGGGCACACAGGCCGCCGUGGCCGCGCUGCAGGACCUGAGAUACACCUCCGAGAGCGGUGACCGGCUGGACCCCACAGCGGUAAACAUCCUCCAGCAGAUCAUUGAGCUGGGCAGCGAGGCCCACGACGCCACGGCCGUGGCCUCCGUGGUUGCCAUGGCUCCAGGGACGGUGACUGUGGUGAAACAGGUCACCGACGAGGAGCCCAGCUCCAACCACACGGUCAUGAUCCAGGAGACGCUGCAGCAGGCGUCCGUGGAGCUGGCCGAGCAGCACCACCUGGUCGUGUCCUCGGACGACGUGGAGGGCAUCGAGACGGUGACCGUGUACACGCAGGGCGGGGAGCCCUCGGAGUUCAUCGUCUACGUGCAGGAGGCCAUGCAGCCCGCGGAGGGGCCGGGGGGGCAGCUGGCCCAGGAGCUCUGAGGACGCACAGCGCCAGGGCUGGGCUGCCAGGCUCUGCAGGGCACCAGGGGCCUGGGAGGGCGGCUGCUGACCAGGGCUGUCCUUGCUGCUCUUCUCUGUGCUCCUCCCAUCUGCUGGCCUCCAUGGGGGCUCCUUGUCCUGCUUUGGGUGGGCAAGGUGAUUGGCAAACGCAGCAAUAGGGGAUCCCCCCAGCACAACCCCCUCCCCCUUACCCUGAAUGAUCUGCUUCUGAAAAGAUUUCUGCAUCAAUUCUUCAGACAGGGCUCACACCACAUCGCCUCCUUCCUUUCAGAGACCCCCCCAGUCCCCAUCAGCAUCUUCCCGAAUCCCAGCCCCGCCUCCUGACCCCACUGAGGUGCUGAAUCUGCAUUUGGGACUGUGUGCAGCCUGGUGAGAGGCGGCACCACAGAGCUGGGGGCCUGUGGGGAAGAGGAGGGGCAGGCUUAUCACAGAGCCCCCAGGAUCAAAGUCCGCCCCCCCGCCCCCCAGGAUCCAGGCGCUUAUGGGAGUAACCACAAUCCAUGACUCUUCCUCCGCCGUCCCAGGUGGGGCCUCAGCUUACAGUCUUGGCAUUCUUUCGCUUUUUAAAAAAAAAUGCACUUUUUACUCUUCACCUCCUAAGGAGGCAGGUGGAUGGAAUAAAAUCAGUCUCUGCCUGA